AACCACGUGUUUUUUCCUCUCCAGAAUGGAGAUCUCCUCUCACCAGUCCCACCUCCUGCAACAACUGAAUGAGCAACGCAGGCAAGAUGUCUUUUGUGAUUGCAGCAUUCUGGUUGAAGGGAAGGUCUUCAAAGCACAUCGAAAUGUACUAUUCGCUAGCAGUGGCUACUUCAAAAUGCUCCUUUCUCAGAAUUCGAAGGAGACAAGUCAGCCAACCACGGCUACAUUUCAGGCUUUCUCCCCAGACACUUUUACGGUUAUCCUGGACUUUGUCUAUUCCGGCAAACUCUCUCUUACUGGUCAGAACGUCAUAGAAGUGAUGUCAGCUGCUAGCUUCCUUCAGAUGACUGAUGUCAUUAGUGUAUGUAAGACCUUUAUUAAGUCUUCACUAGACAUUAGUGAGAAGGAAAAAGAUCGCUAUUUCAGUCUCUCUGAUAAAGAUGCCAAUUCUAAUGGUAUAGAACGUUCCUCCUUUUAUAGCAGUGGCUGGCAAGAAGGCAGUUCUCCACAUUCUCACCUAAGCUCAGAUCAAGGGACAGGUAUAAUAAGUGGAAAAUCUUGGAGUAAGUAUAAUUACCACCCAGCCCCCCAAAGGAAUACUCAACAGCCUUUGGCCAAGCAUGAACAAAGGAAAGAUUCCAUCAAAAAGUCCAAACAUUUGAGGUUGUCACAGCCUUCUGAAGUUGCUCAUUAUAAGCCAAGCAAACGAGAAGCACGAGCAUCAGAUUCUUCCAGCCACAUUUCCCAAUCUGAAGAACAAGCACAAAUUGAUGCUGAUAUGGACUCAACUCCUGUUGGCUAUCCAUAUGGUCCGGGAUCUGAUGUCACAUCCAGAAGCUUUCCAGAUGAUCUGCCCAGGAUGCGGUUCAAGUGCCCAUACUGCACACACGUGGUGAAGCGAAAGGCAGACCUCAAGCGCCACCUUCGCUGCCAUACAGGAGAAAGGCCCUAUCCAUGUCAAGCCUGUGGGAAAAGAUUUAGCAGGCUAGACCACCUCAGUAGCCAUUUUCGAACAAUUCACCAGGCAUGCAAAUUAAUCUGCAGAAAAUGCAAACGCCAUGUGACCGAUCUAACAGGGCAAGUGGUCCAGGAAGGAACCAGGCGCUACAGACUCUGUAAUGAGUGCCUUGCUGAAGUGGGCAUAGACAGCCUCCCCAUCGAUUUGGAAGCUGAACAGCAUCUUAUGUCCCCAUCAGAUGGAGAUAAGGAUUCCAGGUGGCACUUGAGUGAAGACGAGAAUAGAUCAUACGUGGAGAUUGUAGAGGAUGGGUCUGCAGAUCUGGUCAUACAACAAGUUGAUGAUAGUGAAGAAGAAGAUGAGAAGGAAAUAAAGCCCAACAUUAGGUAGCUGACAUAUGAACCAACAGAGCUGGCAUGUCUGCAACUUACACUGACUUCCUGUAUCUUUCUCUUUCCGUGGUCAGAGUCUGGUUCACAAAUUUAUCAGACUGAUUUAACGGUAAUGACCUAAUAUAACUUGCAUGCUUUCUAAACAGGUCAUUUUAUCCAUUCUGAACUUUGUUGCCCUAAAAUAUGUUGCUGCACUGGAAAGAAAGACCUAGCUUAAGUUGGCAUGAUGGAUGAACAAUUAAUCCUCUUCCUUUUAUUACAGAGUUACCUUUUUUCUUUUAAUAUUGAACGAUCUACUUAGCAAAUGUUUCUCAAAGAAAAUAUUUUAAAUAAAUUUACCACAACCAAA